AUGUCGACAACCUCUCCCACGCCGCUGGGCAACGCCGGAACCGGCCUGUCACGAAAACCUUCUGUACGACAAGGCCUCAGGAGGCUGCCCUCUCGUCCGCAUCUCAAUCGAAGCGAAUCCAACCCUGUUCAUGCGACCGCCGCUGCACCCGCGCUCUCAAAAAAGGCAGACUCGCAGCAGUACGCCAUGCACGACAGCUCCGAUGACGAGAUACCCGUGCCUAUGAAGCUCAGUGCCCUCACCAAGGCACUUCUUAACGAUGGCAGCGGCCCGGAACCGCAAAGAGCAGCUUCACCGCCUAGAACACGUCGCCGCGUCAGUAAUCUUGCCGCGUCCACGAGCUCUGCCACGGAGGAGAGAAGAUCCCUCCGAUCGGGAAGUGCUCAGGCAUACGACACAAGGUCAACGAAACCCACGUCGCCGAUACAGAGCAGAGAGAACAGUCCUGUGCGGAAAAGAGUUGUGAGACUCAGCAAUACGCCAAAGAGUCUUGGCCAGAUGCGCCCUGCCAAGAGAAGGUCUACCUCGCUGUCCCGAUCAACCAACCAACGACCCCAGUCUAGAAGCCGGCCAGAGAGCCGAAACCAGUCCUCGGAUGAGAAGAAUGAACCGCCUCAGGAUGUCAACACACCGGCCCAAGGUAUCCGUGUCGUCCGGAUCGCCGCUGGCUCGUCCGGCAACAGAAGUCGCCUCACCAAUUCAUCCAGUCACUCAAGGCGCUCAGGUUCCCAUACGGAACAGGACCACCCAGAAGAGCCGUAUACGGUAGCACGCCAUGCUGCCGGUAUCAACCCCAGCAGCGUAUCCCGACAAGCUUCUAAUGCUGGAAGAACCACCAAGGCCGAGGAUAAUCUCGCACUGCAAGGCUCCAUGCGCGUCAAGCGAGUAGGCAAGAUUCCCGGAAGCUUCUUGAGCGGACCCGCUCGACGUGGACGUAGAAGACAGAGUGAGGAAGAAGCGGAGGCAAAUGGUGAUGGCGAGGGUCUGAUCUCAAGCCAGUAUCACGACGGUCACGGCACAGACGUAGAGAAUGAGAUGGCAUCAUCCUUUUAUGGCAACGGCAGACAGAUGUCAUCAGGCAGUCCUGUCGCCUUGAGCGACCCAUCCAGAGCAGCUCAUCGCAGGCCUACAUCGUAUGCCGAACCACCGGCCCCUUCUUUUACGCGCCAUUCUCCCCAGGAAAAAGACGAGCCAGAAGAGAUUCAUUACAAGUUACCUGCGCCACGCCCUCAAGUCCCCUCCUCGCACGACCAGGAGAACGAGCCAGUUUCUAUACUGCGAAGCACGAGGCCUACCGCCGUCAAGCCUGCGGAAAUGGUCAUGGAAAAAGUAGUCAGACGCUCUAUCAAUCCCGAGGCUGUUCAACAGAGACCCGCGGCAUCCCCUGAGCGCAAGCCCCUGGCUUCCCUGGCCAACAACACUCCGCGCCGAGCUGCUCCCCCGCCUCCGCCCAAGAUGUCUGUCCUUGAUGCCGCUACCACAUCCGCUGGCGCAGCGACGACUACUCAAGGCAAGCAAAGGCGGAAUAUCCUUCGUGUCAAUGGAAAGUCCUACACAAGACUCGACUGUCUGGGCCGGGGCGGUAGCGCUAAGGUCUACCGUGUUACUGCCGAAAACGGGGCAAUGUUUGCAUUGAAAAGGGUGUCGCUGGAGAAUGCAGACGAGUUGACCGUCCGGGGCUACAAGGGCGAAAUCGACCUACUGGGCAGGCUGAGAGGCAAUGACCGAGUCAUCAACCUCUUCGACUACGAGAUGAAUAGCGAAAAGAAAAUGCUCACUUUGCUUAUGGAAAUGGGCGAAUUGGAUCUCCACACGCUUCUCAGGAGUCGCCAAAAUCCUGAAUCGCCCAAGUUUGAUUCAGUCUUGGUCCGCUUCUACUGGAAAGAAAUGCUGGAGUGCCUACAAUCGGUACACCAGUCCGAAAUCGUGCACUCCGAUCUCAAACCGGCCAACUUCGUUCUUGUAAAGGGUCGCUUGAAACUCAUCGAUUUCGGUAUCGCCAAUGCAAUUCAAACUGAUGAGACUGUCAACGUCCACCGCGAAACGCAAGUUGGCACACCAAACUACAUGUCCCCCGAGUCGCUUUUGGACUCCAACGCACCUCGGGGCGGCCGAGUUCCUGGACGGCCCAAGUUGAUGAAGGUUGGAAAGCAGAGCGAUGUCUGGUCCCUCGGGUGCAUUCUGUACCAACUGGUCUAUGGAAUACCUCCUUUUGGUAACAUCAACAAUCAAAUGGCAAAGUGCCAAGCAAUCAUCAACUGGGAUCACGACAUCGAAUUCCCUUCCCGGGCCAUGGGCGGAGUUCCAGUACCUCCGUCUCUGUUGCGAACCUUGAGGCGGUGUCUCAAUCGCGACGUCCACAUGCGACCUUCAUGCGAAGAGCUUCUCCACGAGACCGACCCCUUCCUAUACCCCAAUGAGAUGAGCGAAAAGGCCCUUCCCAUUGACGAAGAGCUCCUUGGUAGAAUCAUCCAGAGCGUUGUCUCGAGGUGUCGAGAACGCAUGCCGACAGAUGCAGAGGCCAUGUCCGUGUGGCCAUCGGCUUACUGGACCAGUGUCAAAAAAGCAACGAAUCAGAGCAGGUGA